UGUUCGGAAGUGUCCUCGCUGCUGCGAGCUUCACAUCAACGGAAACAAACUGUUGAGUGUAAUUUCCCGGAAACAAACAGUCAGAGGUGUUUACUGACUAUCAGUUUAUCGAUUAUUAUCUGUCACCCGCUUGGUUUCUGUCAGCGCCUGACUUCGGUAACACCCUGGUAACGGCGGUUUCUUACAUUAGCCGGACACGAAGCACCGUUAGCUUCCGCUGUUUGCUUUAGCUGCUGUUAGCCUAGCCUAGCCUAGCCUAGCCCAGUAGACUUAGCUCGGUUGGACACGGAUCGGACCGGACUGGACCAGAACCGUUUCCCCCAUGGGAGCCCACCGCAGUGAGGGAGGCCGGGACUGGCUGGAGCAGGACGGGCAGGAGCACUCGGAGCAGAACCCGAAGCCAUGGAACGUGAUGAUCAAACACAGACAGAUUCACAGACGAGGGCGACGCUCACACAUGACAGUCAGCUACACGGAUCCUCAGGUGUCCAUGGACCUGUUGAGAGCGGUACUUCAGCCCAGCUUCAAUGAUGACAUCAUGGCUGUGUUCAGGAAGUACCAGAAGUUCUUUGAGAAGGCGGCGGAGAAUGUGAAGGAGAACGUGGGAGACGAUGUUCAGACUGAUCAGCUGAUCAGAGAGGCCUGCAGGAACGUUCUGGAGCAUGCCAAACAACUGUUUCCAGAGGGGGAGGUAAAGAGGGCGGGGCCAGAGGUUGCCAUCAAGAGGUCCAGACCUGCUGAUGAAGACUGCAGUCAGAGAGGAAGCCCCCUGCUCAAAAAGAGAAAAACUCGUCCCAGUGCUGCGCUCAUGUCCUCUGAUCGACCUCUGACCUUCUCCUCUCAAGUGAAGCCAAAGUCUGAUCCCAUCAAGAGAGAAGGACCAAAGUGGGAUCCAUCCAGACUGAACGACAGCAGCACGUUUGUUCUCGGCUCCAGAGCAAACAAGGCGCUGGGGAUGGGCGGGACCAGAGGACGAAUCUACAUCAAACACGCCGACCUAUUCAAGUACGCUGCAGAUGCGAAGGACAAGCAGUGGUUGGCAGAGCGACACCACAUGAGAGCGACAGGAGGGAAGAUGGCCUACCUCCUGAUCGAGGAGGACAUCCAGGAUCUUUCCCGCAGUGAUGAGUACAAGGACUGUCCGGAUGUCAGGAUGGACGAGAUGAAGCCGUUCACUGUUCCUGUGUGGAUGGUGGAGAAGAUGCAGAGAGCCAUGGAGGCUCAGAGAGAUGCCGACCUCUGACCCCUCACCCCCCAAACACACACACACACCCACCCACCCCACAUGGCCUCACUCCCUCCGAUGUUGGAUAAACAAUGAGCCGAUAAGGAGAGAUUGAUCAUGUGACCAUCAGGCUCUGAUCUAAUUGGUUUCUUCCCUAGUUUUUAUUUGUACUGUUUUUAAAAAAUUAAAUAAACUGU